AUGAUCAUUUCGUCCACCAGCCUGAUAUCCGACGCUUUCGACACGUUGUUGCGCCUGUGGGUGCUCUGCGCCCUCGCCUCCGCUUUCGCCGUCGUCGUGAACGGUUGGUGCCAGGCAGUGGCGGCAACGCUUUUUGGCGACCCGGCACCCCGGGCGCAGGGACGUCUCUUUGGCAACCCGGUUAGACACUUCGAUCCCGUUGGUUCGAUCCUGUCCACCAUGACCGGAUUCGGGUGGGGCCGCGCCGUUCCCGGCAACGCAACCCGACAGGGACGGUGGCCGUCAGUCGCCAUCGCGGCGGCCGGGCCGGUGGGGAACAUUACGGUGGCAUUCCUGCUGGCAGCCCCCAUCAAGGCGGGUUGGCUCUCCUGGUCCAACCCCUCUCCCGAUAGCCUGGUUCUGGUAAUGACCGGCGGGUUGCAGUCGGGAAUCUCCGAUGUGGUUGGGCUGUUGGUGGUAUACAACCUGCUGAUGGCGGUAUUCCACAUCCUGCCGUUCUCACCGCUCACCGGUUACCGGGUGCUGGCGGCGCUGUUGCCGGCAUCGGCCGCCGAGACGCACCAGAAGUUUCAGCGUUUCGCUCCGUUGCUCCUGGUAGUGCUGGUGUCCGCCAGCUACGUGCUUCCACCGGGACUGCUGUGGUCCACCAUCCUGCCGGCGGCGCAGUGGCUCGGCGGGUUGGCCACCGGCUACUGA